AUGGCGCCGACCACCGAAGGAUACGCGGGAACAAGCACGACGGAGAUAAUCGUUACCGGGGCGCUUGCCGUCAUUGUAGCCGCUGCCUCCCCUAUCAUUGCCGCCAGUGUUGUCGGAGCAGUAGGGUUUGGAGCCGGAGGAAUCGUAGCUGGAACCCCUGCCGCCGCUAUUAUGGCGACUUAUGGAGGCACGGUUGGCGUAGGUUCUGCAUGCGCAGUUCUGCAGUCUGUCGGGGCUGCAGGACUCGGAGUUUUUGGAACAACUUUCGUCAGCGCAUUGGGGGCUGCAACAGUUGCCGCUGGAGCUGCAGGCGCUUCAAAACUCACUGCAGCUGGGUCUGGGUUUGCGAGUGUUGCCGACGCUAGUUUCAAUGUAACUAAAUACGUUUUUUCUCAGAAAUGGGAAAAAGUCGCCGUCGGAUUCGAUAUGACUGGAGCCAAGGCGUCAUUCCAAGUUGUCAGGACGGGAAUCGCGAACGCGCCGGGGAUUGCGACCGCUUUCGUUAGGAGCACAGCCCCUACUGGACUCAGUAAGAUUGGAGCAGGGCUUUCCCGAGAUGCUAUUGCCGCAAUGGCUACGAAAAAGAGAGCUGGAGCUGGCGUGGACAACAGGGACUUGGGAAACUAG